AAUUCCAAAAUGGCUCCGAAGGUACUGAUAUCGUUAAACUUAAAGUUUGUUUGUUAACUUUGUCCGAAAAAUCGAUUAUGAGUACACAAGAAACGGGUGGAGGCCUUUCCAAGUGGCAGAUUGCGGCCCUAAUCGGUGCUCCUGUAGCCGCAGCGUGCAUUUUAGGUGCGUUUUAUUAUUGGAGGUCCUCUCGAAGUUCAGAGCAAAAAGACGCGGAAAAAGGAGAAGGUGACACAUCCACAGGUGCAAGCGAUGUGCCUCGAAAUGAAGCUCCUGAGGGCGAGGAAAAUAUGUCUCCGGCAGAAAGAGCUCAGGCCAUCAAACUGAGAGGUAACAAGUACUUUAAAGGGGGAAAAUUUGAGCAAGCCAUUAAAUCUUAUACAGAGGCUAUUGAUCUCUGCCCUCGAGAAAACAACGCCGAGCUGGCCACGUACUACCAGAAUAGAGCAGCAGCAUAUGAACAACAGAAAAACUACGAGCAAGUACUUGCAGACGCUACCAAAGCUGUAGAACUCAACAAGAAAUAUUCCAAAGCAUUCAUGAAGAGAGCAAGAGCUUAUGAAAAACUGGACAGAAAGGAAGAGUGUCUUCAAGAUCUUACAGCUGUGUGCAUGAUUGAAGGGUUUAACAAUCCAAACUGGAUGAUGCAAGCCGAUAGAGUGUUGAAAGAAAUUGGAAAAGAGAAAGCUCAAGAGUACUACAAGAACAGAGAACUAAGUUUACCAUCUCCAACAUACACAAAAGCUUAUCUGGAAUCUUUCUGCAAUGAUGACACAUUGGUUGUUGAUUCUGAGGAAGAUUUAGCUGAGGACUCACCCUUUCUUGAAGCUGUUAAACAAAUGAAAGAAAAGAAAUUUGACAAUAUUGUUAACUUGUGUACUCAGCAAAUAGAGAAAGGAACUGGACCACUUUACAUAAAGGCUUUGGCUUUAAGAGGAACUUUGUACACCCUGAUAUCAAAAGUAGAUGAAGCUGUCCACGACUUGACACAAGUGAUAAAUGCCGACGACAACAACGUCUCAACUAAGCUAAAAGUCAACUGUCUGAUCAAGAGGGGAAGCAUGCAGCUACAAGCCAGUAAUGUAAUGGAAUGUUAUCAAGAUUUUACCAAGGCAGUGUCCCUAGAUCCGGAUAAUUCCGAUAUUUAUCAUCACAGAGGCCAGAUCUACUUUCUAUCAGAGAAGCUAGUCGAAGCAAAGGAAGAUUUUGAGAAGUGUAUCUCCUUAAACGACUCCUUCAUCCCGGCAAAGAUACAGCUCGCCUACUGUAUUUACAAGUCCGCUGCUCUCCAGCAGUCUCCCAUCUUAGCCCACGGAGCCCUGGAUAUGUUGCAGAAAACUGUGGAGACUUAUCCAGAAUCAGCGGAUGCGCACAGUCUUUAUGCGCAGGUACUUCAAGACAUGCAGCAGUUUGCCAAAGCAGAAGAGCACUUUGACACUGCCAUUAAACUAGAGCCACAAAAUCCAGUUCACCGUGUUUACAAAGGCAUGUUGAUGUUGCAGUCUCGCCAAGACGUGGAAAAAGCAGUUGAGUUAGUUACGGAAGCUUUAGAAAUCGACCAAAAAUGCGACUUUGCGUAUGAAACACUGGCCACGCUGGAAGUUCAAAGGGGAAAUUUGGACAGAGCAAUCGACUUGUUUAACAAAGCGAUCUCUCUGGUCAGGACAGAAACAGAGUUGGCGCAGACGUUUUCCCUCAGAGAAGCUGCGAAAGCACAGAAAUACGUGACAGAGACAUUAGGACUCACUCCACCCACUUUACCUUUCAUGUCCUAGGAACUUGUUUUGAAAAGCACAGCACGUCAAUUUAAGCCUGAAUUUAUAUCUGCACUUCAGCCGUUGUUUGGUCGCGCCAUGCAACCUUCAAUGUACUACCCACCCCACGGGAGAGGGAGAGGGUGUGAUGUUUGACGAGACCAAAUACUAGCUGAGGAGAAUGAAUACAAAUUGAUGACAAACAGCGAGAUGAAUGCUGUCGAUUUUCCUUUAGCGUGUUGGAAGUAAAAAUAGGAAAUCUCGCAAGUGACAAAAUGAUUAGGAAGGGUGACAUGUUGAAUUCCAAUGUUAAGGGGGUAAGUUUCCAAGGAAAUUGUGGUGCUGAGGAGAUAUUACAAAAUAAAUAUGUCUUAUUAACCAAGCGCGA